AUGAAACUGGCUUUCCGCUUCCUAGCGCUUAGUACCUUGAUUAGAGGAAGUGUCCGACUAUCCACUGUGAGUAACCGUCUAGCGUGCUUCGAUAUGCAUCCGGAAUGGGCUAACUUUGCCGGCAGAUACCUAGUGUCAGAUAGUGGGGAGUGGGGUUCCAGACAAGCUAAUUCAGCAGUUGUCGGUUGUUGUAAGGGCUUCCAAGAGACAAUGCUUUGUCUCUGGGCUGCAGCUUCUGAUUUCCCGGCAAUCAUAGUUGGCUUUGUAGUCCCUGUGUUAUUGCCUGGGCACACCUUUGUCAACUGCGAUGGUCGUGUCUAUUCGUAUACUAUAUUGGAUGUGUGUAGUAGAGGUAUAAGCACUCAAGCUCGGACGACUGACCGGUUAGUUUAUGGUGCGACAAGGGAUCCAUUGUGGCUUGCAUUUGUAAGCGGAAGACUUGGAAGGCUAGCCAGUCCACACUUGAAGGUUCUUGGAGCCCCGACACGUUUGAACAGAUACACUAGUCAUGAGAACAGUGGCCCCGGAAUCUCGACUGAGAAGCUGCUGCUCUUCCAGCAAACACUCUGCCACGAAUGGUUGCCUAGCGCGUGGUGGAAGGAGGAUAAUAUGGAAGCUUGGCAUUUGCAUCCUGUGCAGAAACUGCCAGCUAACGAACCCCUGGGUGAGAACUACGGAGAUGGGUUCAUUCUCGUUUUGGUGGGCUUGGAAGAUUCUAUGUAUCCGCCUCGGAUGCCUCGGGAGGCCGAGUCUUUAGGGCAGUAG